AUGGCGCCCCUCACGCUCCCCUUCGCCAUCGUAAACGCCUUUACAACCUCCCUCUCCGGCGGCAACCCCGCCGCCAUCAUCCUCCUCACGCCCUCCCAGGACGCCGAGCUCACAUACGAUCAACGCAUAACCAUCGCGCGAAACCUCAACCAGCCGAUGCACAUGUUCGUCGUCCCGCAACCCUCCGGCGAGCUCGGCGUGCGGUGGUUCACGGGCGUGAGGGAGAAUAUGCUGUGCGGACAUGCGACGCUGGCCGCUUCGGGGUUGUUCUUGAAUGAGAAACCGGGGAGCACGAUGUAUAUCCAGGGAGCGGAUACGGCGCAGAGCUUGAGUUAUACGGGCGUGACGAAUAGGUUGUCCGGUACGAGGGUCGAGGACAACAAGGUCCAGAUUUCGCUCGACGCGGCCCAGGUGGACGAGCUGGACAGGGAGGAUGCUAGGGCGGUGAAGUUGCGCGCAGCCGUGGCCUCCGCGUUUGGUGCGGACGUGGGCGUUCUGUAUCUCGGCGCUGGCACGGGAGGAUAUGGCACGUAUUGCCUGAUCGAACUUGACACAGAGGACAUCGGCUCGUUGAAGGUCGACUAUAUGCGCUUGCUUGAAAGCGACUUCGUGGUGCACGUCUUCACGUCCCGCCCCAGUCCAGCUGCGCGCGAGAAGGGCGUGACGUUCGAGACGCGGAUGUUCGCGCCUGACCUGGGUGUGUACGAAGACCCGGUGUGCGGUUCGGCACACGGGCUACUGGUGCCGUACUGGGAUCGCAAGCUUGGGUUGAAGGGCGCGACGAUGGAUUCGUAUCAGGCGAGCGCGCGUGGAGGCGAUUUGUGGGUCGGGCUUGAGGAGGAGAAGGGUCUUGUGAGGCUUGCGGGGCAUGUUGUGAAGGUCGUGGAGGGGACCAUCAUGGCUUAA